CGAUAAUAUAGUGACYGAAGACUUUGAUAUAUAAUUAUUAAAUGAGAUCUUUAUAUUGUUUUUUGGUUUGUUUUAUUGUUUUUUAAUUAAAUGUCUUCACCGACUGUAUGGCGUGUUUGUGGUCUUUGCAAUUGGUUUGCAGUAUUGUCGUCGUUGUCAUCAUCAUUGGUGAGCAUUGGUAGUAAUGGUUGUGCGUCGAGAGGAAGCGCACAAAGCGCUGGAACUGCUUGAAGAAUACCAAAUAUCACUGAAUUUACCCGAAGAUAAACAACUUCGGGAAGCCAUUGAUCGUGUGAUCCGUAUAUUUAAGUCACGAUUAUUUCAAGCAUUGCUUGAUAUUCAAGAGUUUUAUGAAAUAACACUUUUAGACAAUAAUAAGUCGAUACAACAGAAGACCUCCGAAACCAUUGAUAUUGCCUUAAAGUGGGAGAACUCACCGCUUAUAUCCAAUUCGGGAUCUUCUCUGCAAUCAAACAGUAGUCCACUCUUAACGGUCAACAGCUUUGAACGGUUGUCCACCCGUUCGUUAAGUGCUAAAAGUAGUGAAGCCUUAUAUCAAGUUGACGAAGAAGUCAAUAACAAACCCAAACACGUGUUUAUUACCGACUCUGAGGACAUUGAUUUGUCUGAAUCAUUGGAUGCAUUGUCUCGUAUGGACAGAUUGACACAAUCCUCUUCUCCCUUUCCUUUUGUCAAAACAAUGGCUGAUUCACCCAAUCGUCGCAAUAAUGAUAUUAUCCGAACAGUUCUUCAUAAUAAUAAUAAUAAUAACGACAAUAUCAAUGAAAAUCAUUUACACGAUGAAGAACUUCUUCUAGAGAGUCAUCAGUGGGAAUAUGAAGAGAUUACACUUGAAAGGGGUAACUCUGGUCUCGGAUUUUCAAUAGCCGGCGGCAAAGACAACCCUCAUAUCGGUGACGAUCCAAGCAUUUAUAUAACCAAAUUAAUUACCGGAGGCGCCGCUGCGUCAGACGGUCGCCUUCAAGCGGAUGACAUAAUACUGAAAGUAAACGAAUAUGAUUUGGUAGACGUUCCGCACUCGGCUGCCGUCGAAGCACUCAAACGGGCCGGAAAUCGGGUACAUCUCUUAGUUAAGAGAAAGAAACCAUCGAAUUAUCAAUUAUUAGAAAUUGAAUUAAUUAAAGGCAAUAAAGGAUUAGGUUUUAGUAUUGCCGGUGGUAUUGGCAAUCAACACAUCUCCGGUGAUAAUGGUAUUUAUGUGACCAAAAUCAUGGAGGGCGGGGCAGCACAUCUUGACAGACGACUCGAUGUCGGCGAUAAGUUAGUAGCCGUCGGCGAUACCAAUCUUGAAAACGUCACUCACGAAGAAGCCGUUGCAACACUCAAAGCCACUUCAGAUCGUGUUUUACUUACUGUCAUUAAAUACAGACCUCUGACGCCAAUACAACAGAAUCUGGUCUCUCAUUAUCCAAAUCGCAGUCAUUCAUCACUUUCGGGCACCGCUUCCAUUGGAAACAUAGCCUCUGAGCCAACAGCAGCCAUAUCUACCCGUUCAUUACAAACCCCACCUCUCAAUCAAAUGCAAACAGAUAUGUACUCUUCAGAUAUGUUUGCCUCAAAGUCCAGUGUCGAUACACCGAAGGCUUCAAGUGAAGAGGACAUGACUCGUGAGCCCCGAAAAAUUGUUUUAACAAAAGGAGGAACGGGUUUGGGAUUUAAUAUUGUUGGCGGUGAAGAUGGCGAAGGAAUAUUUAUAUCAUUUAUUCUUGCGGGUGGUCCGGCAGAUCUCAGCCAUGAGCUUAAGAGAGGAGAUCAGGUUAUGUCUGUUAAUGGCGUUGAUCUUCGCGGUGCUACACAUGAACUGGCGGCACAAGCUCUUAAAAAUGCCGGACAAACGGUCACUCUUGUGGUACAAUAUCGUCCCGAAGAAUAUAACAGAUUUGAAGCAAAAAUACAUGAUUUGCGCGAACAUAUGAUGAUGAAUACGACGGGAACAUUAAGGACCUCACAGAAGAAAUCACUUUAUGUGAGAGCACUCUUCGAUUACGACCCGUUACGAGACUCAGGACUACCCAGUCGUGGUCUACCCUUUAGAUUUGGAGAUAUAUUACACGUUAUAAAUGCUUCGGACGACGAGUGGUGGCAAUCGAGGAAAUUAUUGCCCGACGGCGAGGAAGAGACAGGUUUUGGUAUAAUUGCAUCAAAACGUCGGGUUGAGAGAAGAGAGAGGGCUCGACUCAAAUCUGUUAAAUUUCACGGAAAGAAUAAUUUUUCUGAUGGGAAGUCGUCAACACUCGAACGCAAGAAAAAGAACUUUUCAUUUUCACGAAAGUUUCCAUUUAUGAAAUCAAGGGAUAGUAAUGAAGACAUAUCUGACGGAGACCGAGACCUGUCGCCUACUAAAGAUGUGGCCAAUGCUUCGUCAACGAUAUCAGUACGCGAAGCUGUUGCCGCCAGUGGCGACUCGGAAGCGAGUUCUCUAAAAGGCGAUGAAGUGAUUUUGUCGUACGAAGCGGUUGUUCAGCAAGAGAUUGAUUACGCGCGACCUGUCAUUGUGUUGGGUCCUAUCAAAGACCGUAUUAAUGACGAUCUGAUCAGUGAAUAUCCCGAUAGAUUCGGGUCUUGUGUUCCGCACACCACUCGAUCCAGACGUGAGUUUGAAGUCGAUGGAAGAGACUAUCAUUUUGUGUGUUCGAGAGAACAAAUGGAAAAAGACAUACAAAAUCAUCUGUUUAUCGAAGCCGGACAAUACAAUGACAACCUUUACGGUACUUCUGUGGCAUCAGUUCGCGAAGUGGCCGAAAGUGGCAAACAUUGUAUAUUAGAUGUGAGUGGAAAUGCCAUAAAAAGACUACAAGUAGCGGGUCUUCACCCGAUCGCCAUAUUUAUAAAACCUAAAUCUGUUGAAUCGAUUAUUGAAAUGAAUAAAAGGAUGAGCGAAGAACAGGCCCGCAAACAAUAUGAACGGGCGCUCAAACUGGAACAGGAGUUCGCCGAAUACUUUACCGCAAUAGUGAUCGGAGACACACCCGAAGAGAUUUAUGCAAAGGUUAAGCUCGUUAUUCACGACCAGUCGGGUCCCACUAUUUGGGUGCCGGCAAAGGAUAAACUACAAUGACUUUAAUCAUAAUAUUAUCGCUUAAUUAGACUCAAAGGGAAAUAUUUUGAACAUUAACUCAUAUAUUAAUCAUAAUUAUU